AUGCCUCGAUUAGAAUUGUUAGCAUGUUUGAUCGGAGCUCGUCUCACUGCAACAGUGAAAGAAGCGAAGGAUUUAAAGGGUAUAUCAAGUACCUGUUGGACUGAAUCCUCUACCGUUAUGUUCUUGAUCAAGCGUGAAGAUAACUGGGGAACAUUUGUACAUAAUCGAGUGAAGGAGAUAAGAAAUUUAACAUUAAAGGAACAAUGGAAGCAUAUUCCAGGAAGCGACAAUCUGGCUGAUCUCCCAUCCAGAGGAUGUUCCGCUGGAGUUCUGCUCAGAUCUAAAUGGUGGGAGGGUCCACCGUGGCUUAAACAGCCUGAAGAAAAUUGGCUUAAACAGCCUGAGGAAAAUUGGCCCGGAUUUGCGGAUGCCUCCGAGAAGGCAUUUGGGGCAGUGAUAUAUCUUCAAAGCAUUACAAGCCCUGGUGAAUAUUGUAGUAAACUUCUUUGUAGCAAAUCUCGUGUAGCACCAAUCAAGACUAUGACUAUUCCUAGAUUAGAACUAUCAGCAUGUCUACUCCUGUCCAAACUUAUGCAAAAG